UAAGACUGAUUAGUGGGAUGACGGCCAACAAAUUAAUAAAAAGUUAGCAAGAGCGAUUGUUUUAAACGAAUUGAUUGUAUAAAAUUGAAUAAGUAUUUUAAAGCUUAUAAGUCAGUUAAGAUUUUUCUAUUUUACAUAGAGGCUAUCAAUCUCGAAUUCGCUCCCAUUUAGCGUAAAGGGAACUCUGAUCAGGAAACUGAUAGUCCCGCAUAGCAUUGGAAAAAGUGAUGGAUAGUCAGCCACUAGCCGAAGGUCGAUUAUUGGAUAUUGUUGAUAAUAAGUGGCGCGAGGAGAUUUUACCCUACGAUCAGAUACUUGUUCCAGCUGACAAAUUGCCAGACCCAGAGGCGGAUGGCGGUGACUCACAUUUAACACUCAGCGAACAGGAGCAGAAAUGGAGUGAUUUAGCGCUAAGUUCCUUGGCACCUGAAUCCUCUUUAAGUGAUCAAUUGAAUGUAACCACAGUUUAGAUCGUGA